CGUAGAAUUCCAAGGGAAGUCAGAUUUGGUAACUAUGUCCUUGGUUCAACAUUAGGUGAAGGUGAAUUUGGUAAGGUCAAACUAGGCUGGAGAAAAGAUGGAAAGCUACCAUCACAAGCCGCAAUCAAAUUGAUCAAAAGAGAUUCCAUUCCAACAGGCUCUGAAAAGGAGGGAAAAAUAUACAGAGAAAUCACAGCUCUCAAAAAACUAAGGCAUCCAAAUAUUGUGAGGUUGGUAGAAGUGCUCCAAAAUGACAAAUAUAUUGGUAUAGUAUUAGAAUAUGCAUCCGGUGGUGAACUAUUUGACUACAUUCUGGAUCAUAGAUACCUGAAAGAAUCAUUGGCUUGCAGACUAUUUGCACAAUUGGUUUCAGGCGUUGACUAUAUGCACGCAAAGGGUAUUGUUCACAGAGAUUUGAAACUUGAAAAUCUACUUCUCGAUAAGCAUAAGAACAUCAUAAUCACAGAUUUUGGUUUCGUUAAUUCUUUCCACAAUGCUAACAACGAUCUAAUGAAAACAAGCUGUGGCUCUCCGUGCUAUGCAGCUCCUGAAUUGGUUGUUAGCAACGAGCCUUACGAAGGAAAAAAGGUUGACAUAUGGUCAUGUGGUGUUAUCUUGUACGCAAUGUUAGCAGGUUAUCUACCUUUUGAUGAUGAUCCAGAAAAUCCUGAUGGCAGUAACAUUGCUCGAUUAUAUCAUUACAUCACACAUACUCCUUUGACGUUUCCUGAAUACAUCCAGCCAACUCCAAGAGAUUUAUUAAGGAGAAUCUUGGUUUCAAAUCCGAACAAAAGGAUAAAUCUGAAAGAUAUAAGAUCCCAUCAAUGGUUAGCUCCACAUGCACCAUUUUUGUCAGUAACUCCAAUGGAAUGGGACAGAAAUUACAGAUCUACCAAGGUUUUGACACAACAGGAUAAGAUUAAUAGAAGAAUGUCGUUGAUGGAGAAUCCAACCUCUGCAUCAUUAAUGCUGAAUAAGCAAAGUGUCAGCAAUAAUGUCGUUACGUCCUCUUCGUCUGCUAAUGGUCCAACGAGGCAUUCAAGGUCAGGUUCAACGGCAAGUAUUGCAUUGCAAGCUGUUGUUGAUGCAGAUGUUGAAAUUAAAAGGCGUUAUAGUAACGGUUCAGAUGUUUUGACAACUCCAGUAAGGAACACAAACCAACGUCCUAUUUCAUUUGUGCCGAUCCUCUCAGAUAACAAGAAUUUUGAAACCAUUAAAGAAAGUCCCGAGCACCAGAAAGUGCUUCCACCUCCAAUACCUGUAUUCAAUAAACCUGCUAACUCCACUAUGAAACUACCGUCAUCAAGAGCUAACAAGCCCCGUCCUACAUCAUAUCAUCCAUCAUAUACCGCCUCAAAUGUUUUCAAUUCCUCCGAAUUAUCAUUUAUAGCCACUACAAAUUUUUCAGAAAGUUCUUUAAAAGCUACUGGACGUCCAAAGAUUGGCAACAGCAGUACAUAUUCUUCCACUACUGAGUCACUAAUAUCAAAUUCUCUCCGGGAUAUAUCACCAGCAGAAACAGAUAAUACAGGGGUCAAGUUGUACGAGGUGAAUGAGGGCAAAACUCCAUCUGUAACAGAAAACACCUCAACAACCGUACCAACUAUACAAGAAAAGCAGAAUAAUGGAAAUUCCUAUGCUAUGGAUUUAUUAACGAAUGCAAUGGAUACUCUAUCGAUGAUAUCCAAAGGAACAACACAAGCUUCACAAAAUGCCAUUAGUUCGUCUACAAACUUGGAAGAAAACCACUUGUCACCAGCAACUGCAAAAGCAGAAAGUAUAACUGAUUCACCUGAUAGAGCUGAUACCACAAUCAAUAAUAACGCUGAUGGCGAUAAUAAAGACACUACCCUAUUGGAAUCUGAUGAUUCUGAAAAGGAAAACGUUGAGGAAGGUAAAUCAGACUCUGCAAAGUCAAAAAAUAACUCACCAACAAACAACCAUAAAGAAACAUCAACUGCAAGGAAGGUCAUGGAUUUUUUCAAGCGUCGGAGUAUGCGCAUU